UCAUUAUCUUAUCGCCAUCGCAGCGUGAGCGGGCGUCUCACACACCAGGACAAAACGACGCGCCGCCCAGGGCUGGACAGCACGCCGCACCGCUGGACAGCACGCCGCACCGCCGGACUUAUAGUGACCGCGACGCCGCUGGACAGCGCGCCCUGCUACGCUACGCCACGCCGCAGUGCGCGCACUCGCCGCGCGCCCACGCCGACGACGCCGCCGAGGCCGGCGCGGUUCGACGCGAUUAGAAAGACAUGGCGGUGCGACUGCUCCCACUGCUGCUGCUGCUACAGGGCGCGAGCCUGCUCCAGGCCCCGCCGGCCGUGCUGCAGCCCGCGCCCGCCCACCACGGCAUGACGGGCGCUGACCCCCGCGCCGCAGCCGCGCCGGGCCCCCCGCGCCCGCAGGCCCAGCCGGCCGCAGCCAGCGACGGCGCUGCGGAGACCCCGGCGGCGAGGCGCGCGCUGCUGCGGGCCGCAGCCGGCGCCCCGCCCUUCUCCUACUCGAUGUGGCUGCGGACCACGCACCCGCGCGUCAUGGACGAGGAAGAGGGCGCUGCCGCGGGGCCGACGCCCGUGCGGCGCAGCAGCGUGCAGCAGCCGCUGGACCACCUGGACGCGGACAACGCCGCCCGGUGGACGCAAGCCUACUGGCGCAACGCCGAGCACUACAAGGAGGGCGGCCCCGCCUUCGUCAUGCUGUCGGGCACGGCCGACUACGCGAGCGACUGGCUGCGGCGCGGACACAUGGCGGACCUGGCGCGCGCCUUCGGCGCCGACAGCUACUUCCUCACCACGCGCUUCUUCGACCGCGUCGACCACCCGACGCCGGACGUUUCGGUGGAGAGCCUGGCCUACCUCAGCGUGGAGCAGGUCCUGCAGGACGUGGCCUCAUUCAUCGAGCAGCUCGAUCUGCACAACACGCACCGGCAGGUGGUGCUGUUCGGCGCGGGCUUCGGCGGGGCCGUCGCCACCUGGGCGAGGAUGCGAUUCCCGGACUUGGUGUCGGGCGUUGUGGCCUCCGGCGCCACCCUGGAGGCGCGCUACGACACGUUCUCCUACUUCCCCGUCGUGUCGGACACGAUCGACUGGUACCACAGGAAGGACAUGGACUGCCUCGGGUACGUCCGAAAGGCCUACCUCCAGCUGGACGCCGCCUUGUCUACGGCGGCCGGCCGCGCUUACUUCAACAAGUACUUCCAGCCGUGCGAGCCCCUCGCGGUCAACCAGACCAUGUCCGAGGAGGACCGAGCACAGGUGCUGGGGCUCGUGGCCGGCGUCUUGGCCGACCAGGUGCAGGACGACCAGGACGGGCCGCUCGCCAACGGUCGGCCGGGCAACGACAAGCUGUGGCCGUACUGCUUCGCGCUGUCCAGCGCCUCGGACGCACCCCUCGUGGAGCUGGCCAGGCUCGUGCUCUUUUCCGUGGACGGCCAAUGCCUCGACGCGUCCUUCCAGGGGCUCGUGAGCGCGCUCUCCACCAGCGACUGGGUCAGCGAGGCCAACACGCGCGGGGUUCGGCCGUGGUUAUGGUUGCAGUGCACGGAGUUAGGACAGCUUCCAACAACGAGCGGAGACCUUUUCAAGUUUCCGUAUUCACCAAGUAUAAGCAUGAGUACUUUCUACAAAAAGCUAUGCAAUACUAUUUUCGGUAGUGACGUCAGCAGUCAGCUCAUAGACAACAUAUCUCAAAUCAACACGGUUUACGGCGGAAAGGCGCCCAAGAUCUCGAACGCCAUUUUCGUGAGAGGUGACCUGGACCCGUGGAAGCACCUGUCGCCCGAGGAGGGCCUGCCUGGGGAGGAGGUCCACGUGUUCUCGGUGCUCCGAGCGUCGCACGCGCACGACAUGUUCCCCCGCGAUGACUACGACCCGCCGUGGAUGAAGAGGACCAGGAAGGCCGUCGCCAACGUGCUGGCUCGUUGGCUCUCGUCUUCUUGAACCGAAAGCAGCCCGAAGAGGCAAAGCUAACGAGCCAGCAAAACAUGCGUUGUUCUGGUCGCAGUAGUAGGAAAGACUAAUAAAAGCACCUUCGCACCAUA